UGAAGACAACAGAGUGGAGCUUGGGGGGUGGGGGGAACAGUUUGUGUGGACAUCCAGAAGAGGAUAGUCGGAGCGCACCGGGUGCUUCUCCGUCUUGGGUCCUGGACGCAAUUUUGCCCUGUCAUUACCGGUGCUGGUGAGACCAGGGGGGGGGGUCAUUCCCUGCAGAGGGAACACUGAAGGAACAUCAUGGCAUUAGCGGGAUGCCCUGACUACUUCUUACGUCACUCGAACUACCAGGAAAGGAUGGACCGCAGUUCCACUCGCAGGCCUGACGAGCUUAUUAUUCCAGGCUUUCAGCGCUCAGCAAGUCAAAAUUUGCCACAUCACCAUGAUGAUGAUGUGGACCUGGAGCAGCUGGUGAAUGACAUGAACUCCUCUAUGGAGAGUGUGUACUCUACACAGGCAGACACAGCGGUUCUUCUAAACAACGGCCACGCUCCUCACCACCACCACCACCACCACCACCAUCAGGUGCACACUUCCUACCUAGGACACGGCCGUCGCCACACCCCGCCCCUGCACCCUUCUUCCCCCUCCAGAGAAAGGCUGAGACACUCUCAACCCAUGCACAUCAAGGCUGUCAGGCACCUGCAGGAAGAGCACCAGCUGCGUCCAGCCUCGCUGCCAGCCAUCCCCAACCCUUUCCCUGAACUCUGCAGUCCAACUGGAUCCCCUAUUCUUAGCCCCAUACAGACCUCUGACAACCAUAUAGUGAAGGUGUGGAGCGAGGAUGGGGCCGGUAAAGUCGUGGAGAUUCCAGCCGACAUGACCGCCAGAGAUAUGUGCCAGCUGCUGGUCUACAAGAGCCACUGUCUAGACGACAGCGCCUGGUCACUAGUGGAGCACCACCCCAUCCUCGGCAUUGAGAGAUGUCUGGAGGACCACGAGCAGGUGGUUCAGGUUCAAGCCUCCAUGAGCAGUGACAGUAAAUUCCUCUUCAGGAAGAACUAUGCCAAAUAUGAAUUCUUCAGGAACCCCCUGAACUUUUUUCCAGAGCAGAUGGUGGCUUGGUGUCAGGAGUCUGAUGGCUCAAUUCCUCAGUCACAGCUCUUACAGAACUUUCUGAACUCGAGCAGCUGCCCAGAGAUUCAGGGCCAUCUGUAUGUGAAAGAGCCUGGACGCAAGUCCUGGAAGAAGCUCUACAUGUUCCUGCGGCGCUCCGGUCUUUAUUACUCGGCUAAAGGAACAUCCAAGGAGCCCCGACACCUGCAGCUGCUGUCAGAUCUGGAGGACAGUAACAUCUUCACCGUCAUCACGGGCAGAAAACUUCACAACGCCCCCACGGACUACCAGUUCUGCAUCAAGCCCAGCAAAGUGAGGAGCGACUGUAAGGAACUGAAAAUGCUGUGUGCGGAGGACGAGCAGAGCAGGACUUGCUGGAUGACCGCCUUCAGGCUGCUCAAAUAUGGGAUAGUGCUUUAUCAGAGCUACAACGUGCCCCAGCAGAGGAAGGCUAACCUCUCACCUUUUACUGCCCCUGUGCGAAGUGUAUCUGAGAACUCCCUGGUUGCCAUGGACUUUUCUGGGCGGACGGGCCGCGUUAUCGACAACCCCGUCGAAGCCCAGAGCGCCGCCGUGGAAGAAGGGCAGACCUGGAGGAAAAGGAGCCAGCGUAUGAAUGUCCUGGGCAGUCCCAGCCCCCUGCAUCCAUCCUCUCUGAGCACAGUGAUCCACAGGACACAGGUGUGGUUUCAUGGUCGCAUCAUGAGAGAGGACGCCCACAAAAUGAUGAUACAACAAGGCCAAGUAGACGGGUUAUUCCUGUUGCGGGACAGUCAGAGUAAUCCCAAGGCGUUCGUGCUCACCUUGUGCCACCACCAGAAGAUCAAGCACUUCCAGAUCCUGCCGUGCGAGGAAGACGGUCAGGUGUUCUUCAGCCUCGAUGACGGCGCCACCAAGUUCACCGACCUGAUCCACCUGGUGGAGUUUUACCAGCUUAACAGAGGAGUGCUGCCCUGCAAGCUCAAACACCCAUGCACCGCUGUGGCCUUGUGACACUCCACCCACCCAACACUCCCCCACCCCCACCCUCUUCUUUGCACACCUCGCUCCCCUUCUGUCCCCGUUACCCUUUCCCUUACCAACGCAGUGGGUUUGAGAAGAUGGAGAAAAGUUGCAUCUUGUUUUGGAGAUGUGAACUCUGCAGGAGCCGGCACUGGAGGUUUGAUGUCCCCAGCGGGCCACGUUUGCCUCCACCUCACUGCUGUUUGGAUGUUUGAAUGAGAGCUGUUGGGACAAGCCAAGUGUAGGAGAUUGUGGUCUUUUGUGGUUGUUUUGUUAUUCAUGUUCAGACCCCGAAGAAAGGCCACGUGUUGCGAAACCACAAGACGGCUACAAUAUGUUUCCAGCGGGUCUCUUGGAUGGAUCCCUCGUUCAGAGUCCCCGACCCUUCAGCCUCACCCACCUUCCCCAUCCUCCAGGCCUGAUAAGCUGUGGUGCCCGCCCCACCCUCGCUACUGAGGUGGGCGGGGAGCGCCACCCUCUGACUUCCUCAAUGAUCAUCAGGGAUGGACGGGAACCUCCCUGGGUCUUAUCAAACUCGAUCCAGGAGUUUUCUCAACCUGUGCAGUCCAGUCUGGAUAAGCUGACAUCCUGCCCUCUCCCCCCCCGUGUCCUGACCCACAGUCCCCUGAUGCAACCCCAAUCCCGCGUCCACACAA